AUGUCGUCGACGACCACAGGCGCAGCGACGGCGACCUCCUCGUCGGCCGGGGCCAACAGCUCGGUCCCUGGAGGCGCUGGUACCGCGCAGAAUUCGCAGGGCAUCAGUCUGCUCACGUUCGUCACGGCGUUGGUGACUUCGUUGGUUAUUUUUGGAAUUCAAAUGCUGGCGUUUAUUCUGUUGAGGAAUAAAAUUGCGCGGAUCUUCAAACCGAAAACCUAUCUGGUCCCCGAAAAAGAGCGAACUGAACCACCCCCACGAACGCCUUGGGGCUGGUUGGUGGCCAUCUUCCAAUUCAGAGAUCGUGAAGUGAUCAAGAAGUGCGGUCUCGAUGCGUACUUCUUCCUGCGAUACCUGCAAACACUGCUCUUUAUCUUCGUUCCUAUCGGAGUUGUGGUCCUCCCGAUUCUCCUCCCACUAAACUACAAUGGCGGUCGAGGUGGCUCAUACGCUCUCGAAUUCGGAAACAGCUCGCGGUCCAACGAGGCAAAUGUAACGGGAUUGGAUCAGUUGGCUUGGGGAAAUGUUCGACCAACACAUACGAAUCGAUACUGGGCGCAUCUUAUUCUUGCAUUGUUUGUUAUCUGCUGGGUCUGCGGGGUGUUUUUCAACGAAUUGCGAGUCUUUAUCAAAAUCCGACAAGACUACCUUACCUCGGCCGAACAUCGAUUGAGAGCUUCAGCCACGACCGUUCUAGUCAGCUCCAUUCCCAAGAAGUGGUUGAGCGAGGAGGCUCUCAGAGGUCUCUACGACGUCUUCCCCGGUGGAAUUCGUAACGUUUGGAUCAAUCGAGAUUUCAGCGCUCUCCUGGAGAAAAUCCAUCGCCGAGAUGAAAUGUGUAAAGUUUUGGAGGGCGCACAAACGGAACUCAUCCGAAAGGCAAAGAAGGCUCAGAAGAAGAUGAUGGAGAAAGAGGAAAAGGCAAACGCUAACAAGGCGAAAACCAAGUCGGCUACCAAGGAAGAUAGAGAAGAGAAGUUACGACGCGAAGAUGAAGAGGGUCAGAGACUUGCCAGAAGUGGUGGUGGUGUAAGUGCUGGAGACCCGCAUCAGGUUCCGCAUACCAUGGACGAUGUUCUGGAUGAGGUGGAAGACCAUGAAAGAACCGACGAACACGUGCAUGCCGGUCCUCAUCAUCGCAAAGGACUCUUCAAGCUACCCAUUGUUGGAGGUGGUUUAGCCGCAGUUGGUCAAGGCAUCGGCGCUGUUGGUCAGAAUGUGGGUAAAGGAUUCGGUGCGGUAGGGGAUACUGUCAUCGGUGGAACUCGCAACAUUGGCAGAGAUCUUGAUAAUACAGUCGAAACCACAAACGGCUUUAUAGAGAUUGAUGCGAGAUCAUUACCCGAUACUGAUGCUUAUGACCACUACGGAAGGUUCCGAGAACAGAAUACCGGACGUCCAUAUGGUGCUGAUGACGACAACGAGAAGAAGCGAGCAUCGAACGAUUCGUCACAAAGCGAGAGAAACCUGAACACUGUAAACAGUGGCAUGAAGCUUCCAGGAAACGUAACUCGCCGACACAACUAUGAACUUGAAGCUGAUGGUGCGAGGGAUGACCCUAAUCAGCCCCAUUGGUGGGAGUUAUGGAAAGCACCAGGAGGUGGUUUCGCUUCGCCCAUUCCUACCGGCUUUGAGGAUGGUGAUGAAUUUCCUCUAAAUCAAGUCGAUGGAAAACCAUCGACCGGCUCAAAACCAAGUGUUAGCGAUGAGAAGGAGAAGGUCGGAAUUUGGGGUAAAUUCAAAGGCCUCUUUCCUUCUGGAGAUAAAGUGGAGGAAAUCGAGUAUCCUCCUUCUCAUAAUGAAGAUUAUGACGAGGAUGCCACGCCUGCGGAAUGGAAAAAGUAUCUAAAGGAAAAAGACCGGCCAAAGUACACCAUUGCCAAGUUCAGCUGGACGCCAUCAUGGUUACCUGGAAUUCCUGGGAUCAACGAGAAAGUUGACACCAUCAAUUACUGCCGUGUUGAGCUGGCUCGAUUGAACUUGGAGAUUGAGAUGGAUCAAAAGUCGCCUGAGCGAUUUCCUCUGAUGACUUCCGCCUUUAUCCAAUUCAACCAUCAAGCCGCUGCUCAUAUGGCUUGUCAAUCAGUCAGUCAUCACGUGCCUAAGAACAUGGCACCGAGAACUGUCGAAAUCGCGCCAAAAGACGUCAUCUGGGAAAAUAUGGCAAUCAAAUGGUGGCAGGCAUGGACUAGAACAGGUCUUGUCACUGCAAUUGUCACUGGUAUGGUCAUCCUUUGGGCUUUUCCCGUUGCCUGGACUGCGACGCUUUCUCAACUAUCCAACUUGGCUGAUGAAUAUUCAUGGCUCGCUUGGCUCAAUAAGAUUCCCGACAAUAUCCUCCAAGGUAUUGCCGGUGUGUUGCCAGCUUUGACUUUGGCCAUCUUGCUUGCUCUCGUACCUUUGAUCCUGAACUUUCUUGCCCUCUUCCAAGGUGCACAGACAGGCUCGGAAAAGCAAGGUUCUGUACAAAAAUACUAUUUUGCAUUUUUGUUCGUCCAAGUUUUCCUGGUUGUGUCCAUUUCUGGAGGUAUCACCUCUUUCCUGGCUGCCUCGACUGAGAAUAUCACUUCGGUUCCAUCAACCCUUGCGGUACAACUUCCAAAGGCUGCCAACUACUUCUUCUCUUACAUGAUUCUACAAGCUCUAUCGACUGCUUCGGGAACUCUUCUUCAAAUUGGUACUCUUAUUCUGUGGUUCAUCUUCCCGAAACUAUUCGACAACACCGCUCGACAAAAGUGGACUCGCAACACUACCCUGCCAACAAUCACGUGGGGAACCUUCUUCCCUGUUUAUACCAACUUCGCCUGCAUUGCCAUCAUCUACAGCGUUGUUGCACCGCUCAUUAUCGUUUUCGCCAUCAUCACUUUCAGCUUACUUUAUGUUGCACAUCGAUACAAUAUGGUAUAUGUGACUCGGUUUGAGCUUGAUACUGGUGGGUUACUAUAUCCACGUGCUAUCAACCAGACCUUUACUGGACUGUAUAUGAUGGAAGUAUGCAUGGUUGGAUUGUUCUUCUUGGUACGAGACGAAGACGGAAAUGUCACUUGUACUCCACAGGCAAUCAUUAUGAUUGUUGUCAUCUUCUUGACAAUCCUCUACCAAUACCUCUUGAACGAUUCAUUCGGUCCUCUCUUCCGCCAUCUCCCAAUCACCUUUGAGGACGAAGCAGAGAUUCGCGACCGUGUUUUCGAGAAAGCACAAGCACGUCGUCUCGGAUACGUCGAUGAUGACGAAGACAUCGAGAGUGGACCAAAGGAUACCGACGACAUCGAAAUGUCUCGUCUCAACGGUACCUCCAAAUCCCGCUUCAACCCCCUAACCGUCGCCCAAGGCGCCGGCUCCUGGGCCAAGAAAUCCGGCCGCAAACUCGCCGCUGCAACUUUCGACAACGAGAAGGACCACGAAACCCGUCGUCGCCGUCGCCACAGAGACACCGAAGCACAGAAGAAAAUCGCAGACGCCCUCUACGGUGAUCUCCACGACGAGAUUGAGGAUCUUGACGCCGACGAACGCAAUGUGCUUAUCCGCCGCGCGUUCAUGCAUGCCGCGCUCCGAGCCAGAAGACCAACGGUCUGGAUCCCUCGAGAUGAUUUGGGGGUCUCGGAUGAUGAGAUCAGACGCACGAGGGAGUUGGCGGGCAAGAAUGUGUGGAUCAGUAAUGUGGGUGCGAGUUUGGAUAGUAAAUGUCGGGUGGUGUAUGGGAGGAAUCCACCGGAUUGGAGUGAGAUGGACAUUAUCAAUCUUUAG